UCAUCGUCUUUAGGCUACUUUGAGAGCGCAUUUUCCUGCUGAUACGUUACCCCUCCCCCUACUUAGCCUAGUGAAAGUAUUUUCAUCUAUUCAACAUCUAUUCAAUCGAGCUCAUCCAAAUUCAGUGCGCGGAUUGCAGGAAUACAGUACUAGGGAAUGAAGCCGAAAGACUAAGUGAAAGGGGUGAAAAUGCCAACGAGCUUUGAUUGAUUCUCGUGGCUUUAAACGUUCUUUUAUCUGAUCCAAGAAAAAAACGAACUUUCAGGUGUAGAGUGGAGAACCCUUCUUUUAAGGGAACCUCAGCCCCGCAAUCGCCAAAAGAACCCCUCCUCCUGCGUCCGCCCAGGGGAAGUGCGGAUAGGGACAGCCAUGCCGGCGAAGGACGGGGUCUGCCGAACGUGCUGCCGGGGCCUGUACAGCUGUAACUGGAGCCCGCAGAGGAGUGAGAAACGCAGAUGUGUGUGUUGCUGGUUCUCCAUCGUUUCCCUGGUGUCUCUACUGGCCUUGUUCUGGAUGUAUGUCUGUGCGGCUGCUUUCAAUGACCGCGAUGAUGUCAACUGGAAGGCCUUCACCAAAUGGAAGCCGUGGGUUAACUGGUUCAUGGUGGUCGUCAUCAUUUCUGCUGUUCUGGCAAGCUACUGCUGCCUGCUGCUGCUGUUCGCACUGUUUCAAGUUGCCCUGAGAGAACCGUUGGACCUGCACUGGCUGCACAAGGUCCUGUUGUUCUUGGCGCUGUUCAUCUUCGUCGCGGGGAUUGCUGGGAUAUGCAUGGCAUGGAGAAGCGAGUGGGCCACAGUGCGUCUGUCGCUGCAGGCCACGGCUCCCUUCCUACAGCUGGGUGGAGUUGGCGCUCUGACUCUCCUCAGCUGGCUUGUCUUCCAGAGAGUCUUCAGGACACAGAGUGCAGUGUCCAGGAUAGUCACCCUGCUGGUCUUUGUGGUGGUGUCCAUUGUAAUCUUCCUCUGCCCCCUCUUCAUCAACUCCCCCUGCCUGGUGGAAAAUUGCCCCCCAAAACCUCGUCUCAUUGGCCACCGUGGAGCUCCCAUGCUGGCUCCAGAGAACACCAUGAUGUCAUUCCGACGGAGCUUGAAGUGUGACCCGCUUGCCUUUGAAACAGAUGUGCAGCUCAGCAUGGACGGCGUCCCAUUCCUCUUGCACGACUACAAGGGCCAGUUCCUACAGAGAACGACUAACGUGAAUGAGGUUUACAAGGACAAGGACUACAAUAGCAGCUCCCAGCUCACCUGGAAGCAGCUGCAGGCGCUGAACGCAGGAAACUGGUUCAUCAAGAGCGACCCCUUCGGCACAGCCUCCUCCCUCUCUGAGCUGGAGGUGGCGGAGGCCCAGAACCAGAGCAUCCCCGCCCUCGCCGAGCUGCUUGAGCUGGCCAAACAGAACAGUGUUUCCCUCGUCUUCGACAUGAAGUCCGACCGGAACGACAUUAACGACACGCGCCGCACGGUGGCGGCCAUCCUCAGAUCCAACAUCUCUCCUGACCUGGUGCUAUGGCUGCCCGGCGCACACAGGGACGAGGUUAAGAAGAUGGCGCCUGGGUUUCGGCACGUCUACGCCAGCAUACCCAGAAUGGUCAAUGAAAGCGGGGACCAGCUGAACGUGAAUUACAACGCGCUGAAUUCUGAGGAAAUACAGAAGCUCCGAAGCCAGAACGUGUCUGUGAACCUGUGGGUGGUGAACGAGCCCUGGCUCUUCUCGCUGCUGUGGUGCUCUGGGGCCAGCUCCGUCACCACCAACGCGUGCCACCGCUUCAGCGCCAUGACUGAGCCCGUUUGGCGAAUGUCUCCUUCUACAUACAAAAUUAUAUGGAUCUGUGUGGAUGUGGGAUCAUUGGUGAUGAUGAUGGUAAUCUGUCUCUUGCAAAGGAAUCGAGAACUUGGGAGAAAAACUACUGGCUGGAAUCAGAUGGAAUUACACCCCUUCUUGUCUAAUUAGAUUUGCCACAUGAAUGGUUGUGGGUUUUUUCUGCCUUUUGAAGAUCGCAUGGGUGGUAUUUGUGGCAAAAGCGCACUCUGAACUGAUAUGAAAGCUAAAAUGGAUCUGAUGUGCGUGGGUUAAUGGUGGCACUGAAUGUCCCUCUGAUUGUGAAUCAUUUCAUAAAUAUGUGAAGCGUAAUAUGUGAAAGGCUACACUUGUCCGGUGCUGCCCUCUAUUGAAUCAAGUGGCACAUUGCAUUAUCACUGUCUCCAGUCUAAUAAAAAUAUUAGAAUGAGAUAAAGGAUAGAGGGGCAAUAAAAUUAUUUCAUAGAUUUGUUCUUUAUUUUUUCAGCUUUUUUGAAUAAUGAAUGUAAAAGCACAAAAAUAUUUUUUAUAAUGUCAAAGUUUUUGAAGAUAUAAAAAAUGUGCGGGUAUAAUUUUUUAUCUGAUUUUAGCUUAUUUGUCCUAUGCAUGAUUGUUUUAUAUUUGUUGAGAACUGAAAUCAUUUUAUGUACCGUAUGAAUGCAGCAAAACCUGAAAUGCUGGCAUUUCAGUGUGAAUACAGUAUGGCUGGAUGUUUUGCUUUUUUUCAUUGUGAGAUCUGUGAACUGCUCCCUAGCGACAGCACUUCACAGAUCAUAAAUAUGGGAAACUGUAUUUUAUGCUCAUUUAAAAACUGGAUGACUCAUACACUUGUAACAAAAAUAACAUUGUACAGGAAUGUGGCUGUAGCUGCUUUGUAAUGUGUCAUUAUUUUGACUUUUCAGGAUAUAAUUGUGGAUUUUGUAACAUUGGAACAAUGUGCUUAAACUUCACAGCUGUCUAA